CUCCUUGUUCUCGCGCGCUGAUUGGGCAGAACCGGCAUGGGCGGAGCGCGUGUGCGGGCCCGGGAGCGGCGGCAGCGGCCGGAGCCCGGUGAGGCGGCGGCGGAGCUCGGAGGCGGCCCCAGCGCAGGAUUUUUCAUUCUUGAGGAGUGUCUGGAUGGAGGAGGAGGAAAAGCCCCGGAGAUCCCGCCUGAGGAGGGGCUGCAAACCCAGCGCAGGGAGCUGCGAGGAGGAAAGACCCCCCCUGUGCCAGGAGGGCGGCCGGAGAUGCAGGCGGAGCUCAGAGCUGGGGGAGAAGCCUGAUGGAGGGGAGAAGCCCCACAAGUGCCUGGAAUGUGGGAAGGGAUUCAGAUGGAGCUCCCACCUGAUCCAGCACCAGGUGAUCCACAGUGGGGAACGGCCCUACGAGUGUGGGGAGUGUGGGAAGAGCUUCAGCCACAGCUCCGGCCUGGUCCAGCACAAGAAGAUCCACAGUGGGAAAAAGCCCUACAAGUGUGGAGAGUGUGGGAUGAGCUUCCGGUACAGGUUCAGCCUGAUCCAGCACAAGAGGAUCCACACUGGGGAACGGCCUUAUGAGUGUGGGCAGUGUGGGAAGAGCUUCAGGCAGAGCUCUUACCUGAUGCAGCACCAGGUGAUCCACACUGGGGAAGGGCCCUACACCUGCUUGGAAUGUGGGAAGAGCUUUGCAUGGAGCUCUGGCCUGAGAAAACACCAGCGCUCCCACACUGGGGAGAGGCCCUACGAGUGUCCCCAGUGUGGGAAGAGGUUUAAGACCAGCUCCCAUCUCCUCGUACAUCAGCGGAUUCACACAGAGGAGAGGCCCUUCCGCUGCCCUGACUGCGGGCAGGGCUUCAAGCACAACUCCACCCUCACUGCCCAUCGGCGCAUCCGCACCAGGGAGAGGCCCUACAAGUGUCCCCAGUGUGGAAAGAGGUUUCAGACCAGCUCUGUUCUCCUGGUACAUCAGCAAAUUCACACAGAGGAGAGGCCCUUCCGCUGCCCUGACUGCGGGAAGGGCUUCAAGUUUAACUCCAACCUCACUGUCCACCGGCGUAUCCACACCGGGGAGAGGCCCUACGAGUGUCCCCAGUGUGAGAAGAGCUUCUCACAGAGCUCAGCCUUGACCCGACACCAACGGAGGCACCACUAAGGGAAGCCCUGUGAGUGCCCCGAGAGAGGGAAGAGCUCCGUGUGCUGCUCCAGCUCCAUCCCCCAUGGGAGGAUCAGCGUUGGAUGAUCCCCAGUGACCCCCGUUGGGCAGAGCCCUGGUGAUCCGUGGGCCUGGUGGUCCCUGUUGGGAAGACACCUGGCUGGGAUGCUCCAUAUCUUCCUGUCUCCCCGUGGGCACCUGGAUGAAUGCAGGGGCAGGAACAUCCAUGGGGACACAGACCAACACUGGGAUUCCUUGGGGAGAGUGGAUUUGCUCACUUUCAACCCCAGAAAAUCUUAAGGGUUCAAUGCUAUCUCCUGGUGGUAUCAAGAAAUACUGGAUGGUUUUGGAGGUCUUUUCCAGCCUCAGGGAUUUCACGAUUUUGAUUUCUUAUUGCCCAAGGGUGUGUUCCACAGCCAAAUGGUGAUGGACUUCAGGAAAGAACAAUAUAUUUGAGACAGUGGGGUACAAACCCCACCAAUAAAGAGUCUUCUGUCCCACCCAAGCACGUGGAACCUCAGCCAGCAUGGACACAGAAAUCCUUUUCUUUUGGCCUUGAUUUGCUUUUCAUGAUUUUAAAAUAUCCACCAGUGGGGAAAAAUAAAGACCUUGAGCUAAUGCAUGGGUGGGGACAUGGGUGGACAUACACCUGAUGGGACAUGGACACAAAGAAUGACAUGGGGACACAUGGACAUGGAGGGGACGUCGCCAUUCAUGGGGACACGAGGGGACACAGGAGAUGGAGACAUGGGGGACAAUGACAGGGAUGGAAACGUGGUGGGGAGACAGCCAUGGGUGAGGACAUGGUGGGACAUGGCCAGUGACAUGUGGGGACAUGGCCAUGGCCGGUGCCAUGGGGGGAACUUGCAGGGGCUGUGGGUGAUGCUGGGUUUGAGGGAGUUGAGGGUUCCUGGCAGGGACUUGGGCCUUGCUGAGGGCUUUGGGGACCCCAGGCCCAGCGGCUCCGGCUGCGCUGGGAGACCCUGGCGGAGGUUGUGGGGCAGCUGCUCAAGAAGCCCCUGAGCUGGAGCCCCCUCUGGGCAUUGGGGUCCUGGAAGGGAAUGAAUGUCCUUGUCCCCAGGAGGGAAAUCCCAGCAGCCCCAGGGUGUUGGGGGCAGCUGAGAGGCCCCAGCAGGGAGGGGAAAGCCAGACAGAGCUGUCCCUCUCCAAAACUGCACCC